GCGGCGGCGGCGACGGCGGGGUGGCAGAGCAGGGUUUGGCCUCGUCUUGUAUGUUCAGAUGGGAUGGCUGGCUACUUUAUGGUCCAUGCCGCCGGAUCGAGAGAAAAGAUAGGAAGGCAGCCAUAGCUUAACCAGCUGGCUCUCGUCACGAUGCUUAAGCGUGCGCCAAGCUUUCGGAAUGCAGACAUUGUUUCUAUGCAGUCUUGUCAGCGGUGCGCAAGUCUGUGUGGAUAAGUCGAGAGAGUGUGCGCCGCGACACAGCAACGGGAGUGCCAGACUCAUCAUCAAUGUGUGUGAUGGACGUGAAAGUCGCAAAUCGCACGUCGCAAGUCCCGGUACGGGGUCGUGGGGCCCGCACCUUCCCCUGCCCUUUCCUUACGUCUCCCUCCUUCCUUCUCAUCCCUCAUCCCUCAUCCCUGCUUUUGCUCUUGCUCUCUCUGCUUUCAGCCCGGGGUAGGUGCUGGUCACUGCCUAGUAACUAUUAGUAGCUACGACUAGGGAAGGAACCUCCCAGGUAGUCCCGUACUUUGCCCGUACUACCACCACCGAGACCCCCGCCAGCCUUUUUUCGCCCUGAGUCUGACGCAAAAGAGAAAGAACGAGACCCCAGAACUCGCAGACCAGGCGGGCAAGAACGACGUACUUACUUUGGGACGCCGCCGCCGCCUCGGACCUUCCCAUACGAUUUUCGUUAUAUUUGCACCCGUCUGUCUACCUUACUCCCUUUCCCUUCAAUUCCGCGGUUGCCCUUCGGAAUUCUACCAGACGAGGCGUCUCCCUUUAGAGCAUUCCAACCAACCGACGACUUUGCACUCUCGAUACUCCCUUGUGCAACCCGACUUCCCAUGGUACACUGAAAUAGGACCCCAAAGUCCUCACCUGGCGACGAUCUCAAUUCAUCAGCACCGGCCCUCGCCUGAAUUCACGCACCGCCUCGCCGACUGCCCGCCCUUUUUUUUCCUUUUGCUCCCGCUCAUUACCGUGGACUCGAAUCUCAUUCACUCACUUACUCAGCUUGUCUGCUUCUCUAUUCCUUCCACACCAACUACCUCGUCUCGCCAUCUCUCGUCUUUGCCCAUCAUGACUGACGACUACCGCACCGAGCGAGCGGGCUCUUUCGCCUCAUCUUCCACCGAUGCCGCGACUCUCCACGAGCUAACCAAGCUGGACCCGAUGGAGGACAGCGUUCAGAACCUCAAGUCGCACGAUGAUGAAGAGCUGGGCACCGAGGAGGACGAGAAGCUCUUGCCCAAGACCAAUGAGAAGGAGGAGCCUCAGAAGUCUGGCAUGACUUCUGCCAUUAUCUGGAUGACCGUCAACACCUUGGCGACGAUUGGAAUUGUCUUCACCAACAAGGCCAUCUUCUCCGACCCUCAGUGGAAGCUCUGCCAGCUCACCUUUGCGAGUUUCCACUUCUUGGUCACUUUCGGCACGCUGUUUGUCCUCUCUCGGCCUACCUUCGCUUACUUUACUCCGCGCCGUGCCGCCAUCCGGGACUUGCUGCCGCUUUCCGUGGCCAUGUGCCUCAACGUCAUCCUGCCGAACCUCUCCCUGGCCUUCUCUUCCGUGACUUUUUACCAGAUUGCCCGGAUCCUGCUGACGCCGACCGUCGCGCUCAUGAACUAUGUGCUCUAUAAGGCGACACUGCCCAGGAAUGCGAUAAUGGCGCUCAUCCCGGCCUGCCUCGGAGUCGGCAUGGUCUCUUACUACGACUCUCUGCCUACCAAGGACGACAAGGUCAAGACCACCUCUACCCUGGGUGUCGUCUUUGCCUUUUCUGGCAUCUUUGCCUCGUCUCUCUACACCGUCUGGAUCGCCAGCUACCACCGCAAGCUCCAGAUGUCCAGCAUGCAGCUGCUUUACAACCAGGCCCCCAUUGCCUCCUUCAUGCUUCUCUACGUCAUCCCCUUUGUUGACACCUUCCCCGACUGGGUCAAUGUUCCUGGCAACCGCUGGAUCAUGAUUGGCAUGUCUGGCGCCUUUGCCUCGCUCAUCAACAUUUCCCAAUUCUUCAUCAUCGCCCAGACCGGUCCCGUGUCCAGCACCGUUGUUGGCCACCUCAAGACCUGCACCAUUGUUGCUCUUGGCUGGAUGGUGUCAGGCAGAGCCAUUGGCGACAAGUCGGUUCUUGGUGUCUUUGUUGCCAUUGGCGGCAUUGUUGCCUACUCCGUCGUCAUGCUUCAGCACCAGCGCAACCAGCGCAAGUAGGCCAUGGUCACAUUGGCUGAGGCUCUCCGUUGACUUUAUAACAUUUCGGAAACGGUUUUUCCUUUCUUUUUUGGCAGCAUGGGGAUCAUGGGAAUCAAGAUGGCGUUGAGUAGAUUGAGCCCGUCGGGAUUAGACAGGGUCUAUUUGGGAUGAUACCUCUUUUACAUGAACCCAAACCUAUCAUGGCUCGGCGUAUGGGGAACACAGGCACUCGAAUUCGUAGCAAGGGAAAAAUAAAACACUUCCAUUAUUUUCCAACC